AUGUCAUUAGACUUUGGCAGUGUGGCCCUUCAGACACAAAAUGAAGAUGAAGACUAUGACAAAGAAGACUAUGAAAGAGAGAAAGAGCUGCAGCAGUUACUCACAGACCUUCCUCAUGACAUGCUGGAUGAUGACCUGUCCUCCCCGGAGCUCCACUCUUCUGACUGCAGCGAGGAUGGCACAGAGGGAGAAGCACAUCAUUCUCAGAAAUCAGAGAUGACCUGGAAUGAGCAUCAAGUGCUGCCUAAAUCUCAAAGUGACUAUAACGACACCCGGGAUUUAUAUGUUGGAGAGAAAUGCGGCAAUGGUUGGGGAGAGAAUCCAAGUGAAAAUGAGGACCGGCAACGUAGGUUCCAUCCGGAAGAAAUUGGAGAUGAAGGUGGAAGUGGUUAUAGUCCUCCAAGUAAAUAUGAGCAAACUGAUUUAUAUCACCUUCCUGAAAACUUUAGGCCAUACACCAAUGGUCAGAAGCAGGAAUUUGAUAACCAACCAACCAGUGUAAUUAAUUUUUCAGAUCCUCAAAGGAACCAUUUUCAGAGUCCCAGUUGUCAAGCUUUGGAACCUUAUAAAGUGACAUAUAAACCCUUUCAGUCUUCUGCCCAGAAUAAUGGAUCACCAGUGCAGGAAAUAGCACAAAGGGACUCAUUUGAAGGACUACAGCAACAGUUUUUAGGAGCUAAUGAAAAUUCUGCAGACAAUAUGCAGAUUAUUCAACUUCAGGUUCUUAACAAAGCCAAAGAAAGACAACUAGACAAUUUAGUUGAAAAAUUAAAUGAAAGUGAACGUCAAAUUAGAUAUUUGAAUCAUCAACUUCUGAUAAUUAGAGAUGAAAAGGAUGGUUUGACUGUCAGUCUUCAAGAAUCACAGAAACUUUUUCAGAAUGGAAAAGAGAGAGAGAUACAACUUGAAGCACAAAUAAAAGCACUGGAAACCCAAAUACAGGCGUUUAAAGUCAAUGAAGAGCAGAUGAUCAAGAAGUCCCGAACAACUGAAAUGGCUCUAGAAAGCCUGAAGCAGCAACUGCUGGACCUUCAUCAUUCUGAGUCACUUCAUCGAGCUAGAGAGCAGCACGAGAGCAUCGUUAUGGGUCUCACAAAGAAGUAUGAAGAGCAAGUGUUGUCCUUACAGAAGAAUUUGGAUGCUACAGUUACCGCACUUCAAGAACAGGAAGAUACUUGCUCUCAUUUGAAAGAUCACAUAAAACAACUGGAAAGGAAUCAAGAAACAAACAAAUUAGAAAAGACUGAGAUCAUUAACAGGUUAACAAGAAGUCUAGAGGAGAGUCAAAAGCAAUGUGCCAGCUUGUUGCAGUCAGGCUCAGUACAAGAGGUGGCUCAACUACGGCUACAGUUACAGCAGGCACAAAAGGCAUACACGAUGAGUGAAAACAUGAACAAGGCUUUUCAGGAAGAAUUAACAGAACUGAAAAAUGAAAUUUCUCUCUAUGAAUCUGCUGCAAAACUAGGAAUACUUCCGAGUGACUCAGAAGGAGAAUUAAAUAUAGAACUCACUGAAUCAUAUGUGGAUUUGGGUAUUAAAAAAGUCAACUGGAAAAAAUCCAAAAUUAACAGUGUUAUGCAGCAAGAGGAACCAAAUGAAGAGCUUUCCAAAGAAGAGGUCAUUCUGAAGCUGAAAGCAGAAGUACAGCGUUUGCUGGGUAGCAACUCGGUGAAGCGCCAUCUGGUUUCCCAGUUGCAGAACGAGCUCAAAGACUGUCAUAAAAAAAUUGAAGAUCUCCAGCAAGUGGAUAAGGAUGAGAAAAGCAUCGAGGUUGAGACUAAAACAGGUGGCUCAGAAAAGCCAACUAAUCAAUUAUGGCCCAGCUCUUCUACUUCUGACAUGAUGGUCAGAGAUGACAUUCUGCGACUUAAAAAUGAAAUUCAGGUUUUACAACAAGAAAACCAGGAGCUUAAAGAAACUGAAGGAAAACUGAGAAAUAUAAAUCAAGACUUAUGUAAUCAAAUGAGACAAAUGAUGCAAGAUUUUGACCGUGAUAAACAAGAAGCUAUGGAGAGGUGUGAGAGGACUUACCAGCAGCACCAUGAAGCCAUGAAAACCCAGAUACGGGAGAGCCUGUUAGCAAAGCAUGCUUUGGAGAAGCAGCAGCUCUUUGAGGUUUACGAGGGAACUCGCUUGCAACUUAGGUCUGACUUAGAUAAGAUGAAUAAGGAGAUGGCUGCUGUGCAGGAAUGCUACCUGGCAGUGUGCAGAGAGAAGGAUAAUCUUGAAUUGAACCUCAGGAAGACCAUUGAGAAGGAGCAGCAAUCACAGGAGGAGAAGAUCAAACAAGAACUCACUCAACGUCUUGAAAAGGAGUGGCAGUCUAAGCUGGAGCAAACACUAAAGGAAAUGAAAAAGAAGACCUCCGAUUAUGGUAGCCAAACUGACCGAGUAACCACCAUUGAUGUUCUUUCCAAGAAAGAGAUGGCAAUGGUGGUAGAAGAGCAGAAGCAAAAAAUCCAGCAACAGUUAGAGCAAGAGAAGGAAAAAGCUCUCAAGGAGGGCUUGAAGAAACUUGAAAUUGAGUUAGAACUCAAGUAUUGUGACAAUAUUGCCAAACAGGUAGAAAUAGCUGUGCAAAAUGCUCGCCAUCGAUGGCUGGAGGAACUGCCUGAGCUUGCAGAGUAUAAAGCACAUGUCAGAGCAGAGCAGAAGAAAUGGGAAGAACAGCAAGAGAUUUCUGUGGCCAAACGGAUAUUGUUUGCUGUUUCUGAAGCUAAAGAGAAAUGGAAAAGUGAGCUUGAAGAUAUGAAGAAAAAUGUAAUACCUGGAAAGGAACUGGAAGAGAAAAUCCAUUCUCUUGAGAGGGAACUCGAGUUAAAGGACAAGGAGGUCCCUGUGGUUGUGAGGGCUGAGUUGGCUAAAGCUCGGAGUGAAUGGAACAAAGCAAAGCAAGAAGAAAUCCACAGAAUUCAAGAACAAAAUGAACAAGAUUAUCGGCAGUUUUUAGAUGAUCAUCGAAAUAAAAUUAAUGAGGUGCUUGCAGCAGCUAAAGAAGACUUUAUGAAACAAAAAACUGAACUUCUUCUUCAGAAGGAGACAGAAUUACAAACAUGUUUAGACCAGAGUCGCAGAGAAUGGACUAUGCAGGAAGGGAGGAGGAUCCAAGUGGAAAUUUAUCAGUAUGAAGAAGAUGUCCUAACCAUACUUGAAUUUCUCUUAAGAGGUGCCCAAAAUGAACAUGUUGGUGGUUCAGAAGGCAAGCAGCUUUUGGAAGUUAUGUCGACUUGUUCUUCAAAAUGGGUGUCUGUGCAAUAUUUUGAAAAACUAAAGGCCUGCAUACAGAAAGUAUUUCAAGAUAUACUCUUUCCACUUACAGAAAAUGCUGGUCCGCAGUGGGAAAAGAAAAAUAUAGCUAAGAUCUCUAAGGAUCCUGCGAGCGGGUGCACUGGCAAAGGAGACCCUGGAGCCUUGGAAGCCUUUCCUGUACCCACUUCUGGACACCAUGCUCAGCCCUUGGCCUUGCAAGAAACAGAAGCAGAAGCUGAUAAGAAAAAAAUCCUUGAAAUUAAAGAUUCAUGCUGUGGACACUGCUUCCAAGAACUUGAAAAGGCAAAACAAGAAUGUCAAGAUCUGAAAAGAAAACUGGAGAAAUGUUGUAGGCACCUUCAGCAUUUAGAAAGGAAGCACAAAGCUGUAGUGGAAAAAAUCGGAGAAGAGAAUAAUAAAGUUGUUGAAGAAUUAAUAGAUGAAAACAAUGACAUGAAGAAUAAAUUGGAAGAACUGAAAAAACUUAGUAAAACACCACCAAGGUCAUUGUCAGAAGGGGCUGUUGAAAAUUCUUGCAUGCUCUGCAAUGGGAAGGCCUUGGAAGAACUUCGUGGGCAAUACAUUAAAGCUGUAAAAAAAAUUAAGCGUGAUAUGCUCCACUACAUCCAGGAGAGUAAGGAAAGAGCUGCUGAAAUGGUGGAAGCAGAGGUGUUACGGGAACGUCAAGAAACCGCCCGAAAGAUGCGCAAAUAUUACUUGAUUUGCCUCCAACAGAUUUUGCAGGAUAAUGGAAAACAGGAAGGGGCCGAUAAAAAGAUUAUGAAUGCUGCUAGCAAACUUGCUACAAUGGCAAAAUUGCUGGAAACACCUAUUUCUAAAAGAACCCAGAGCAAAACUACAGAGUCUGCACUGCCUCUGACUUCAGAGAUGCUGAUUGGAGUUAAAAAAUCAAAAACGGAUGAUGUGAAUCAGAAUAUACCCAGCUACCUUGAAAGCAAAUCAAACGGUAUGAAAACGACCCCCAGAAGUAUGUGCGAACAAGUCCCUAAGAAGAAGCCUGCCUGUAACCUAGGAAGGCGAUUAGAGGACGCUGAGCAUGGCGACACAAGGCUUGUGGGUUCCAAAGGGUCCCAUUCAGACUCUCAGUUUGGGGAUAACAGCUGCAGUAAGCUAGAUAUUUUACCAGGGAAUGUUUCUCCUGAGUUUGUUCCUUGUGAAGGUGAAAGAGGCUUUGUUCUGCACAAUAAGAAAGAUCUACUCAGUGAUACUGGCUCUGAAUCACUUCUGCAUUCGGCUGCAUACCCCUUUCUUGAAACUUUGAGAAAUAAACCCUCACCUAGAUGUACCCCAGGUCUUUCUGAAUCUCGAUCCACACAUACAACCUUUCAAGGGCUUAAUGAAAGACCUGGUUUAAAAGUUUAUAAAUGCAGUCCACUGAUGGAAAGUGAAAAUGCCACAUCUGAGAAAAGUCAAGGGUUGAGUAUUCAGGAAACUCCAGUUAAGGAUGGAGGGGAUCUUAGUGUCUCUUUAGACUGGAGUUCCAACAGUGCAACUUUACCCUGUAACAGUCAUGAAGUGUCAUUUUCACAUAAUGGACCACACGGAACUCUGGAUUCACCAACUGAAUCUGUUAAAUUCAAACAGUUUUCAGCAACUAAUUGCCUUUCAGCUCUAGAGAAAAGUGAUAGGAUUUGUAAACUGAUGAACUGUCAGAGUGAUCAUGCUCCAGACCUGUCAGAAGAAACCAUGUAUUUGCAGCCAGAGAAGAUCAGUAUGACUCUUGGACACCCACCUCAUCAUACAGCUGAUCUAUUAAAGUCAGAUUUAAAAAAACUCAGCAGUACAGUGCCAUCAACUUCAGUGUAUCAGCAGCCUUCAAGAAAAUUAAUCCCUCCCCUAGCUAGCCAACAAGACAGUGGCUUUGAUAGUCCACUUGUCAAUCUAGACUAG